UAGAACAACCACCGACUGAACCGCCACCGGUAAGAAUGAUAUUUGCUACUCGAAUUCUUCAUUAAACACCAUGGGUCCUGAAGGGAUAAAUGGGAACUAGGAUUUGCCUGUAUCUGGGCUGGGAAAAUGGGAUUUGGGUUACUGAGAUUGGGAAUGAAAAACAAUUGACAAUUUGGGCAGGGCUGGCGCUAAAGCGGGUGUAUAACACCCCCAGUCAGCAGGUAGUCGGCAAAAUAUUGAAUCCAUGCAGUCGCAAAACAUGGAUUUCGAUAGGACGAAAAGAAGAAUAUUUGAGCGACACCGAUUAAAAAAGAAGAAUGCUAGCUAAAAGGUGGUAUACGGAAAAAUUUGGGGAAAAUGGAACGAACAACAAUGGUUAAACACAAAAUAAGAUUGAAAGAUUGAGAAAUAUGUUCUCCGGAAGAUUCUUUUUGAUGUUGUGCCGCCGCUACAUCCCCCCCCCCCCCCCCCAACUGAUAGGUAUUACUGCCCUUGGUGAAAAAUACUGCGUACGGCCCUGGCCUCAACGCGCCUCAAUUUUUUGUUUCAGAUAAUCACAGUUCACGUACAGCUUGUUUUUCACAUGACUAACAUGACGCGAACCGAGCCUAUGGUAUCUGUCGAAAUGCCACUAGGGAAAACGGUUUACAAUGUUUUGGAGUUAGCCAAAUUAAAAAAUCCUUGCUACACCGCUACAUACGUCAAGCUGGCGUGGGGCAGAUCGGUUACAAGUUUAUGUGGGGUUAAAAAGCGGCCAAUGCUGGGCUACUAUUGGCUGAUCCGCGUCAAUGGUCGCAGAGCACGAUAUGGUGUUGAUGGUCUCAGACCAAAGGAUGGUUACGUUAUUACAUUUAAGUACAAGAAGAUUACUUUUUAGUGCUUACAAUAAUCGUACAGUGAUAGUAAAGUGAAAUGAUGUAUUGUGAUGAUUUAAUCAGUAAUAUAGUGUGAUAUAAAUUUAACUCUGUAAUGUAAUGAAAUGUAAUGUAAUGUAAUGUAAUACAAUGUACUGUCAUACAACUAUACAAUGCAAUAUGUAAUGAAAUGAUGAAGACGCAGUCUAACGUAAAUAAAGACUAUGCAGUGUGAUGUAUUGUAGUGCAAUGAUGUAAUGUAACCUAUAAACGCAAUGUAACCAUGUAAGGUGAUAUAAUGGUAUACAAUAUAAUGUUGUAAAACUAAUGAGUGACUGACUGGCCUUUCAAAAAAGGUUGUCCUUUGCAAACCUUACACUUUAACG